UCGUGAGGCUGCCGGUUGAAGAGGUAGCCUGCAUGAGACGGGCGAUAACACUUGAAAUUUAAAAAAAUAAUGUUAUUGACAGGGAUUUAAUUUUAUACGCUGCGAAAUGUCGAUUCCGUCUACGAGGCUAGCCAACUCAGAUGCUGCGAAAGAUGGUCUGAAAGUUUCUGACAAACCUAACAAAGUUAUAAGAAAAUCUUUAUCGGGUGCAGCUGUGAAAAGUAAAAUACCAAAACAAGGAAAAUCAAUAAUUCCAGUGGCGUGUAAAGAAACUAAUAAUGAGGUUAGUGUUACUUCGGAAAAUGCGGAAGAGAAGCUGUCAGCACCACCAUCGCGGCCAGUAUCUAAAAGUCAGGAAAAACCGCCAACCGUCAUCAUACGACCGAGAGCCAACAUAUCCGCAGGAUCGGAAAAUAAUGAAAAACGAGUUUUAGAAAAUAAAUUUAACCAAAAAAAAAAUCGUUACGUCACUCUUGCAAGAGACAUUGAAGAUAAACAGAAACUUUCGAUAACGUCGUUCAAGGAAUUGUAUCGAUUGCGCGAAAAGAUCUUGUCAUUAGGUGGAAAGGAUCCGGGUCAUUUGGAUGAUCUGAAUCCGCUGGGUACGUGGUUUGUUAAUAUCAAGAAUGGUAAUCGUGUUCUAGAGAAUGUCGGAUCGACUGAUGAUAAAUUGGUCACACAAUUUGAGACGAAUUUGAGUGCCAUUGCGGAAUCUUCACUGGCGUUAUGUAACGAGGUACUCAAUAAACGUAAGGAUAUCGUCAUUUGGCUCACAAAUUUCGAGCGUGAAUUCUGGGAUGAUCCGUCACCACUUACAUGUAAAGAAGAAAUGAUUCAUCAAUGCAAAAGUUAUGAGGAUGAGAACGUAGAAUUUGAAAAGAAAUUGGAUUCAAUCCGACAAGAGCAGUUGUUACAAAUAAAAGAAUUGGUUUUGCGCAUGGGUUUUCUAUGGCAAGAGUGUCAAAUUUACCGACAAGACAAUGAUAAUGGCGACAAUUCUUCCCCUCAAAACAUGAAUUACGAAGAGCAUUUAAAAGAACUUCGUCUUGAGAAGGAUAAAUCGUUGAAAAUACGAGUAAAAUUACGAGAGCAGGAGAAUGCAAUAGCAAAUUCUGAAAAGAAGCUGCGUCAAGCCCAGGAGAAUAUUCAACGACUUGAGAUCCAACUGAAGCAGAAAGAUGCGAAUGUCGAGUGCAAGGCCAAGGAACUUGCCAAGUUUCAAAAAACUCAUGAAACUGUCAUUGGUAAAUCAGAAAAACAGAAGGAAACCCUUGAGAGCAGAUUAAUUAAGCUGAAAGAAGAAGUUGAAUGUAAGGAAAAUGAAGUGAAAAAUAUAGAGAAUGAUUAUAAACAAAAAAUAGAAAACAUGGAAUUCAAUUUGAAUGAGGAAUAUAAGCAAAGACAAGAGUUAGAAUGUCAAUUUAAUGAUUUUAAAAUACGAUAUGCAAAAUUAGAGGAAAAGUGUAAAGAAUUACUUGAGAUACCAGGGAAAAAAAAAGAAGUAAUACUAGAUAAUCAUCACACGGAAUACGAAAUACAACUGUUUACGGACCUUAAGAAAACUCAAACGAUUUUGGCUGAAAAAGAAAAAAUAAUUCAGAAAUUACAAAUUGAAAGAAAUGAAAUUAUUGAAACGGUUAAUGAAACGGAUCAGGAAAACAAUACGUCAAAUAAAAAAUUAACUGCAGAAGUACUGAAAAAGUCCAAUGAAAUUCAGACAUUGAAAGGGCAAUUUACUCAACUUCAAAAAAAUUAUAAAAAAUUACAGCAAAAAGAAGAACAAUUGGAAGAUAAGCUAUUGGAUAUGAGCAAAAUGCAGUCACAAAUGAAAGAUGGUAAUAGAAAUGUUUACAACACUCAAAUAAUGCAGUUGCAGCAGCAAGUUUCGGAUUUACGUAGUAAUCUCGCUGACGUUAACAUCCAAAAUAAAGAUCUUGAGAAGACUUGUAUGCAACUACAACUUAAGAACGAGCAUUACGAGAGAUACAUGCGCAAUCAAGAUAAAGACUGCAGGGUGAGGAAAGAGAUGCAACAGCUUCUUGAACAUAACGAGGAUGGGUAUAUUGAAAACUUUGAUCAGAAUACAUUUAGUCCAAUUAACAAUGAGGAAUUCAAACAAUUGUACGCAACUUUGGAAAGCAAGGAAAUGCAGAUAAUAAAACUGGAAAAGCUUGUAAAACAAAUGGAAAAACAAGAAGAACAUUCACAGCUGCAGCGUACUAGACUCGAAAACCGAAUUGCGAAAUUGGAAGUUGCACUUAAAGAAGGCCAACAAGCUCAUCGCUCCUCUGAGUCAAAGAGAAAAUGCAUGUCGAGAUUAUGCCCAAUUGAAAACCGAAAAGCAGACGUUUGUGAAUACAUUCAACUAUACAGUCCCAGAGCGAAUAGAGGGUUCAGCUUCCUGUAAGGAACUUCUUUCUUGGUCAACAAAGCCUUUUUGCCAAGCUGUAAUUAAUUAAGAAUGAACAAAAUGAAAAAUUUUUAUAUG